UGAAAGUGUAAAUUAGUUUCUCUACUAUGAGCUCAUUAUUAUCUACUUGUCCUGCAACAGCACCAGUCACCUGGCUAAGUUUCCUUUUGAGAGAGGAGUGGAUGGAGAGCGUGAGUGAGAGGUGGUGUGAGCUUGUCACAGACCUACCCAGUGUGUGUGGGUGGAAGCUGUGGGUUCCAGUCACCCAAGUUUUUAUAACACUGAGAUGCUCAGAUAGAAGCACACACCUCCUGCACACAGAGGCGACACACACACUCACGCUCCUCUCUCACACGCUUUGCACCAUGAGCGGUACACAGGGCUAUCCUUACCCCCAGGUGUUUCUAGUGGACAGUGGUAGAGGUCCACAGCCGUCGGUCCAACCUCCAGGCAUGCUGCCCUGCUGGUCCUUCCCUCCUGCCCACGAGAGAGUGAUGGAGCGGGGCAGGGUCAGAGGCUGCAGGGGGGUUGGCUCCUGGAGCCUGGNCAUGCUGCCCUGCUGGUCCUUCCCUCCUGCCCACGAGAGAGUGAUGGAGCGGGGCAGGGUCAGAGGCUGCAGGGGGGUUGGCUCCUGGAGCCUGGCUAUGGCUCUGCUGUUUCUGCUGCUGCUGGUGUUUGGAGCAUUGGGACUGGGUGCCUACCAGAUAUUCAAACUACAGACUCAACUCAAUGGGAUACAACAGGAAAUGAACAUAGAGAUUGAUGGUCGUGGGCCUGAGAAGCUAGUGGGUGACCUUCCAGAGAUCAAUCCAAACAGAGGGAAGACAGCCGGCAGACCUGCAGCACAUGUUAUAGGUCGGAUUGAGAAGCAUGUUUCACAGAAUACCUUGCGUUGGGAGCCAAAGGCGGGGCGGGCCUUCACAGAGGGGGGCGUGGUCUAUCGGGAUGGCGGUCUGCAAGUCAACGAGACUGGGCUCUACCACAUCUACUCCCGGGUGCAGUUUGAAGCCAAUCACUGCACCCCUACAGAUGCCUUGGUUCACUCUGUGUUUGUGAGGAGGCCCUGGAGCUCCAAGCCUCUCACCUUGAUAGAGUCGCACAGGGAGGGCUACUGCAGCUCAGGCUCUAAUGGGCGUGUCUGGACCUCUGGGAGUUACCUGGGCUCCACAUUGCAGCUGGAGAAGCAGGACUGGGUCUAUGUGAACGUCUCCCACCCAGCCAUGCUCAGCCACACUCAUCAUGCCAACUUCUUUGGACUCCACAAGAUCUAGAGAACAGGAGGAGAUCUGUUUCAUGUCUAUUUUCUGGCCAAUGACCAUUAUAUUUUGGCAGAACAGUAAUGGCAGUGUAAUGAGCAUUCAUUUAUUUAUUUGUGAUGUUAGAGGUGCAGUGGGUUUCAACUGAUAUUUCAAUCCGAGAACCUUAACACUAAUAUGCUGGUGAGGAAAGUGGUAUUAAGUAUUUAUUCUGAUAAAAAAAUCUGACACUGAUGAUCCCAGCAGCAGGUCUGAAUGUAUGUUCAUUAGAACACAGAGAAAUAAUAUGCAUGUUUGGGAUUUAAUAUAAUGUCAACGGGUAUACAAUGUUCUAUUGUAAUAAAUAAGUAUUUUAAAGA